AUGGAAGAGUUUAGAGAAUGGUUUGCUAGAAUAGUACCACUACUACUCGUAAUCUCGCUCACAACGGCGAAUUACUUGCCUCGACAUCAUGGAAGUGUGCUCCUCGAAAAUGGCCUGGGAAGAACACCACCAAUGGGGUGGAAUGAUUUCAACCAUUUCCAUAACAAGAUCAAUGAAACGAUCGUUCGCGAGACGGCCGACGCUAUCGUCUCAACUGGCCUGGCAGCGCUGGGUUACAACUACAUCAACAUUGAUGAUGAAUGGGCCGAACAAAGUCGAGACAAAGAGGGAAAUCUUCAACCACGCAAGGACAGGUUUCCAUCCGGGAUAAAAAAUCUUGCAGACUACGUGCACUCCAAGAACCUCAAGUUUGGAAUUUACUCGGAUGCGGGGCGAUUCACCUGUGCAAAAACUCAACCUGGAUCACUAAACUUUGAGAACCAAGAUGCAAAGACUUUCGCAGCAUGGGGUGUAGACUUUCUAAAGUAUGAUAACUGUCACAACGAUGGAGCCUCACCAAAAAUCCGGUACCCGAAAAUGCAAAAAGCCCUCCUCGCAACCGGUCGACCAAUUUUCUACGCUCUCUGUGAAUGGGGCUACGAAGAUCCGGCGCUCUGGGCUCCCGGCGUGGGAAAUAGCUGGAGAACAACGGGAGACAUCAAAGACAAUUGGAAAUCGAUGAUCGUGCGCGCGGAUCAGAACGACAAAUGGGCGAAAUACGCAGGGCCCGGCGGCUGGAAUGAUCCCGACAUGCUCGAGGUCGGCAAUGGUGGCAUGAGCUUGGAGGAGUACCGCACACACUUCAGCCUCUGGGCGCUCAUGAAGGCCCCAUUGAUCAUUGGCUGCGAUGUGCGCAAUCUAAAGCAAGAGUAUCUCAACAUUCUCAUGAACAAGGAGGUCAUUGCUAUCAACCAAGAUUCUAUGGGAGUCCAAGGCAAAAGAGUCAGCAGGAAGGGCGCUCUAGAGGCAAGACUAGUAAUGAAACUUCUAUCGCGAUUGUCUCAAAAGAAUCGUCCAGGUAUGGGGCGG